UUUAAAUAUAAUGCCUGCUAUUAAUUGUUAUGUACUUUUAUGAAGAGGGGGUUGGAAGAUCAUUCUCCCACUCAUAUUAUUUCAUCUUUACCAGAAGCUUAUAGUUUUUGGUAUUUGAAAAUACCUACACCACACAUACAACAAGCACACCACUUUUUCCCAUAAAAACUAGACUUCUCUUGGUCAAAAAAAAUGUUUGUCAGAGUCCGCCAGGAAAGAAAGAAUCAGAGUGAAUGUUUGCCUACUCUCUUUGACAAGAGAGCAUUUAUUUGCCUUGUUCGAAGUAUAAUUUAUGCCUAGUUCCUACUAGUUCUUUGAUGACACACACUUCUAAGGGAGGACGAUACCCAGGUUUUCUCACUCACCACUUGUGGAUGGGGAAAUUCAUUUCUAACCCCACAUAUGGUGACGGACCAAUAAUAUGAUCAAAACUCAUUAGCUGAAUUUUCCCAAUGAAAGCCUGAGACAGUUCAGGAGUUUGAGAUGGUUGGGAAGAUUUAUAGCAUGAUAAAUCAAACAUUACAUUCGUUAUAUGACAAAUGCAUAAGAAGUAUGCAAGCCUUGAGAGUUAAUCAGGGCCGGCUCUAGGGGUAGGCUGGGUGGCACGGGGCGCCAGGACGCCGGGUCGGCGCUGCGCGGAAACCGCGCUGCACCCUGCGCCCGCCCACCAGCCGCGGGAAGAAAUGGGGUGGGGCGGGGGCGCCGGAGCGAUCUGCGCACCACGGCGCCAGGGCGCCCGACCUGCUUAAGACUGCCCUGGAGUUAAUUAUGUGCUUUCACACCUUUUGUAUAAAAUUUAGGGCUAGUUCACAUGGACAACUGCAUCACUUGUUAACUGUGUUAACCUAAGCUUGAUCACUUGGCAGCUGAACUGAUGUGUUGGAUUUGUGGGCUGAUACCUUGAGUUUGUGUUUCAGAACAUGCAACCAUUUUAUUUGUGGUGUGACAUCUGUGUUCACACUAGAUGCUGCAGUCAUCAAAGGAUAAAUAUGCACAUGUGGACCAGGACCUACUGCCAUCUGUUUGUAAACCAACUUCAAUGCAGUCUUUGAUUCUCCAUAAUAUUAAAUAUUUAGUUAUAGGAAUUUGACUUUAUGUGACAGCAUAUAUUAUCUUUAACCAGCAGUCUAUGCAUAGUGAUUUCAGCUUAUGUUUUUACCAGUUUAAGAGAAAGUAAAGGAGAUAUAUCUAGAAGAAGUAUCUCAAGUAUGAACAGAAUAUGUUUCACAUAAGUAGACAUAUUAAGAAUAAGUGUAUUGUGGCAAUGUUUACGUAUGGCAGCUUUGAGGGGUUCUAUAUUUGAAGCCUGUGAUGCAAUGGGCAGAAUGUUGAACCAUGGAAUCUUGAGUUCAAAUACUUACUUGUCCAAAAAGAAGCUCACUGGGCAGCGUUGGUCACAUCUCUUUCAGCCUGCCCUUUCUCCAGGGUUGUUGAGAAGAUAAAAUGGAAUGACCCAACACUCAUAUACCUCUAAGUUGCCUUUAACUUCUUGGAGGAAAAGUGGAAUAAACAUGUGAUCAAUAAUAAUCUCUACUCCCCCACACUUGGAAUUCUAUAGCUGAGUUGUGGAAUUCUAUAGUUUGUUGUACUCAGUUGGUCCCAGAUUCAAUUCUCACCCUCUCCAGUUAAAGCAUCUCCAGUAACAUAGCUAGGAAUGAUCUCUCCAUGAGACUAAGAGCCACUUGUUUGGAAAUGUGGUCUUAUCUGGUGUCUCAUCUUAGAACUGUACAGCAGCAUAGUUUUUAGGAUCUCUGGAUUGCUCAUGAUCCUCCAUAAUGCUAAGGUGGCAAAGCCAGAGCAACAUGCAAUCUAUAUGUAUGAUAUGCAGACAAUGUCAUUGACACAAGUAUUUGGUAAAGUCACAAAGUAAGAGAAGUACAUACGUGGGUGGUUGGGUUUAUUGGCUGCUUGUCCCACUAGCGUUAGAAACCGCUUUGCCCUCAAUGCCCAUCUGAGACAGUCCCAUGCAGAAAAAUACUAUGUCAAUGCCAAAAGCAGCCACCCCACAUCUUCUCCUUUUCUCUAAUCUGUAACAUCUAGUGAACCUUGUUGCAAUUUUCCUCACUUCAUUGGUUGCCACAUGCAUGGGUGGCGAAGCUUUAAAAGCAAUGGCACCAUGUCACACCUUUUGUUUUAUUUCGAGUUCUUUUGGUGAGAGGGGGAGACACAGAAUUGCUGCUUUUGCCACCAGCCACACAUCCUUUGCGAAUAACUUCUAGUUCCAGCCUAAACGCCAUUCAAUCUUCCCAAAAUGGUUACAGAGAGAGAUCUCUGGUCAGGCAGAAGUGUCCAAUAAAGUAUGAGCUUCUACAAACAGAAUUAUUUUUUAAAAAUAAUACAUCUCUAGAAAUUUCUGAUAUUACAAAUUCAGGAGCUAGAAUUCGUGACAUGUUGGUUGGUAAUAAUGAAGGUAUUGCCUGACCAUGGAUUUUGAAAGUUCUCUUCAUAGUCACAGUAGCAGUUCUAAGACAUUAAAAGUCAUCGGCCUGCAUGAAAGAAUCUAAAAAGCAAUGAAGUAUUAAUUUCCAAAGAACCAAAGGAGGGCAUUCUCAAAUUUAUGACUUAUAGACACACUUUCAGUUGUCCUUUUUCCUGGAACACAAAGAUAUGAUCAUACUGGUAGUAUUUCUGCUUUUUAUUUUCAUAACAAAACAUUUGCAAUUCUCUCUCUGAGCCUCAGAGUGUCACUGUUGGCCAACGUGGUCCCAGAAAAAUGGAUGGAGAUCUAGUUAUGCUUCUGCUACAAAGUGAGUGUUUCAUCAGUUCUAUACAGACUGAGCAAAAAGAAAAACGCAAAGGCAUUGCAGUCCGGCUGAAAAAAGGGAAAGGCUCCCAAUUCUCACAAUUUUAAGAAGGAAGGCAGUUUAUAUUUACUUAUAGAGAUUUCCUCUGUCCUAUUGAGAAACUGAUCUGGUCACUACAAGCUGCAGAAAAGGAGGCAGAAAAAUUCUCAGUGAUCUAGAUGGACAGAAGGCAGAAAGAGGAUGGCAGAACACUCAGAAGGCAAGUACUGCUUCUCUUAUUUUUGCCUUUCUCCUGCUGGGCUGCCACAGAGCAGCAAAUUCACUAUUCCAUCCCUGAGGAGAUGGCAAAGGGUUCGAUUGUGGGGAAUCUCGCCAAGGAUUUGGGACUAAAUGCCAGAGAUCUAGGAAGGCGCAAUCUGCAUGCUGCCUCUGUGAACAAAAUGCAGUAUUUCAGUAUAAGUGCAGACAAUGGAAAUCUUUAUGUGAAUGACAGAAUUGAUAGGGAAGAAAUAUGUGACAAAACUCCACUCUGUCUUAUUAAUUUUGAAGUGGUGAUGGAAAAUCCUUUAAAUGUUUUCCAUAUAAGAAUAGUUAUACAGGAUAUUAAUGAUAAUGCACCACACUUCCUCAGUGAUAUAAUCAACUUGGAGAUCAUAGAAUCAACUGUUAUAGGAACCAGAUUUCUCCUUGGGAAAGCAGAAGAUCCUGAUAUUGGGAUGAACUCUCUCCAGAAUUACCAGCUGAGCUCAAACCAGUACUUCACCUUGGAAGUAAGGGAGAGAAAAGAUGGAAAUAAAUAUGCAGAAUUAGUACUAAGUAAAGUUAUGGAUCGAGAAAGUGAACAGACUGUUCACUUGAUCCUCACAGCCUUUGAUGGAGGUGAACCAAGAAAAACUGGGACUGUCCAGAUACGGAUUAAUGUCACAGAUGCCAAUGACAAUCCACCUGUUUUCACUCAGGAGGUGUACAAAGUCAGUUUACCUGAAAAUGUUCUUGUUGGGUCACUUGUGCUCCAGGUUGUAGCCACAGAUAAAGACGAAAGCUCUUAUGCUCAGAUCAGGUAUCAAUUCAGCAACAUAGCAGCAAACACCCACAAGAAAUUCAGUUUGGAUCCAAUUAAUGGCAUAGUCACUCUUACGGGACUGCUCAACUUUGAGGAAACUAAAGAAUAUACCAUGGCAGUAGAAGCCAAAGAUGGUGGUGGAUUGGUGGCACAAUCCAACAUUGAAAUAACUGUGCUUGAUGAGAAUGAUAAUGCCCCAGAGGUGACUUUAGCUUCCAUGUUCAGCCCUGUUCCUGAGGAUUCUCUGCUAGAAACAGUUAUUGCUCUGAUCAAUGUGAAUGACAAAGAUAGUGGAGAUAAUGGGAAGGUUACUUGCUAUUUACAAGAUGAUUUACCCUUCAAAAUUCUUCCCUCAUCAGACAAUUACUUCAAGCUCCAGACAAACAGUCUCCUGGACAGAGAAAUAGCUCAAGCAUAUAAUAUUACAAUCACAGCCACUGAUAGAGGAACUCCACCUCUUUCCACAUACAAAACAAUCUCACUACAGAUCUCAGAUAUCAAUGAUAAUGCCCCUACAUUUCAGAAACCAUCCUACAGCAUCUACGUGCCAGAAAACAAUCCUUCAGGUGCCUCCAUUUUCACCAUCAAAGCCUCUGAUCCCGAUAUGGAUCAGAACUCACGGAUCACAUACUCCAUCCUCAACAGCAACAUUGAGGAGCUUCCCAUCUCCUCCUAUAUCUCCAUUAAUUCUGAGACCGGCACCAUGUAUGCCCAGAGAUCCUUUGACUAUGAACAAUUCAGAGAGUUCAAGCUGCAAGUGAAGGCCCAAGAUGGGGGUUCUCCCCCUCUCAGCAGCAAUGUCACCGUCAGGGUGUUUGUUCUCGAUCGGAAUGAUAACAGCCCUCGUAUCCUGUCCCCCUCACAAGAAGCCAAGGGCUCAGCCUUGUUUGAGAUGGUGCCUCGUUCGGCCGAGGCAGAUUAUCUUGUCACCAAGGUGGUGGCCGUGGAUGCAGAUUCUGGACACAACGCCUGGCUCUCCUACCACCUGGCGCAGGCCACUGAGCCAGCACUCUUCACGGUUGGCUCUCAUACUGGAGAGAUCAGGACCGCCAGGGCCUUUGUGGAGAGAGACGCUGUGAAACAGAGACUGGUCAUCAUGGUGAAGGAUAACGGGCAGCCGUCUCUCUCGGCCACCAUUACUCUGAACCUGGUGUUUGCUGAGAACUUUCAGGAGGCCCUUCCGGAAAUGAAGAGCCAGCCCAGCAGCUCGGAGUAUCAGUCUGACCUGCAGUUCUACUUGGUGCUGGCCUUAGCUGUGAUCUCCUUCUUGUUCCUCUUGACUGUCAUUCUGGCCGUUACCAUGAAGCUCCGUCAAUCAGGGCAUCCCAGGUUCCUACACUGCUUUGGUCCUGUUCCCCAUUCCAAGAAUGGGGCCAUCUUCCCACCCAACUUUGAAGAUGGGACUUUGCCCUAUUCCUACCAGCUGUGUCUGUCUUCUGAGACCAGGAAGAAUGAGUUUGCCUUCCUGACACCCAAUGUUCAGAUGGUAGACCAUAUUAUUGGCAGUGAGAAACCUGCUGUGCCUUUUACAGGCAACAGUGGAAACAAUUUUGAUUCUGCAGUAGAUAAUGGAGAACAGGUAAGGUUUUUUUCUGAAAUUAAAUGCCGUUAUCCAUCAUUCUUUGCCAUUAGUGACAUUGUCAGAGUGCCUUUUAUCCAGCUAAUGUGACUUCCUUUUUGUUUUUCAUCAUAUAAAUGAAUAGUUUGGCUCUUACAUCAUUUGGCUUUUAUGAAUCAGAAUGCAUCCUUUUCCAUCUGGUAUAACUACUUAUCUUCUUGUCAUUUGAGCAACUAGUAUUUUGAGGAGUUGACCUUAAACUACUUUCAUUAAAUUAAAUAAAGUGAGGAAAAGAACUUUGUUUUUGCACAUUACUUGGCUUGGGGGGGGGGGCUACUGUGCAGCAAUUCUGGCUGUAGAAUCAAGGUAUGUAGCUGCUAUGAAUCAAGGUAGCGGAAAAUACUAUCAUUGUUAUUAGUAUUACUAGCAAUUUUUUAAAAAAAGCAAUAGAUUUUAAGACAUACACUUUUGAGAGGUGUCUGUAAAUUAUGCUUUACUUCCUUCUCCAUAAAAUCAAGUUAAUUAUAAAUUUGUUCAUUUAUACUGUGUCAGUUUUCAAUUUUAGUGAACUGCAGCUCCAUGAACUUCAGUAGAUUGUUUGAAUCUAGGUUAUGGGUGUGAAUUAUGUUGUUUAUAUAAUUUCACUUAAAAAUUAUACAAUGAAUUGCUUCCUACAAUUCACAUUAAACAUCGUUGUAUAAAGUAUUUAUACAGAGUUCAGAUCUAGAGAUUCCAUGUUUCAUUCGAUGCAGAGGAAAGUUCCAGAAACAUCAGAUUGAAUUGCAUUAUAAAACUGAUGACAUCUACAUUGGUUUAGUCCACACAUUUUUCUAAUUUUAAUACUGGAAUUCAGUAUUAAAAUUCAGAGUGUGAAGAAUUAAAGCCUAGCUACAUCUAGACGCCAUUUAAAUAGUCCACAAUGCACAUGUUCUAUGUAAGUUAGAAACCAUAAGGCACCUAGAGUGGGCGCAACAUAACAUAAAAGGAUGCUUAGCCUCAUAGCAUCCUUACUAGCUUGGGUGGAUCUGGGAAGGAGAACUAAUUAUCAUUGCCCCUAAGAUUUACCAGCUCCUGGUGUUUAAAUGUCCUCUUCUACACAAAAUUGAGUGAAGAGCAAAUACCAGUUUCAGUAUGGAUCCCAUGCUUAGGUCCAGAGUGGGGUCACCCAUUCAUUGUGACUAGGAAGGAAGGCCUUCAACUUGGUAGAAAUCAGAUCAGACUUGUAAAUAAAUGAGAUUGUGCUCCAUGGUCAAAUCCAUUCACCAUAUCUCUGCAUUCUGGAAUUUGUGGGUAGGAAAACAUAAAUCAGUCAUGUUUUGUUUUCUGUAAGGUGGGGUUCAAUAAAGGCAUAUGUGUUUCUGCAUGAGUGAUGUAAAAAAAAAGUCAAGUCAAGACAGAUUGACUGGCUGGCUGGCUGGCCUUCUAGAGUAGAUUGUGGAUAUUUCCAGCCCCCGUAUUCCUUUAAGUGAAACCACAUUGCAUUAAAGCUCUUUCUAAACAACUGUCUGAAAGACAGGCAGGCGGACAGAUACUGUGAGAUGUUUUGUUAAAUGCAUGCAUUGUGCAUUUAUUUAUUUUUAAAUUUUAUUUAUUUAAAACAAAAAUAAAACAACUACAUACAGUCAAACAGGCGUCAUCGAAUACUCCACAGAGCUUUGCCAAAGUGUAUAUUCUAAUAUCAUUUCAAUCUUAACAAAAAACAAAAUGGUACGUAAUAACCUCCAUCUCUUUAACUAUUGUCCACAACAAAAAUAGAUAUAUUGUAUCAGCAGCAGUGCUGGUCUGCAGGGUUUAUACAAAGGCAAGAGGGAAGGACAAAAAUUAAAAUUAAAAUAUGUGCUUCAUGCACACCAAACUGUGCUGUGGGCCAUAGGCACCGUUCUGCCACAUGCUUCAUUGUUGUAUAAUAUAUAAAGUCACCCAAGACUGCAUAAAAGUUAUCAUUUCCCCUGGCCUCUUGCUAUCUUCAGUUUCCAUGUAAGUUUUUUCAAUACUGCUACCUGCCAGAUUGCACUGCCUGUGUUAUGUAUUUCUGCCACAUGAUUUCGCAGGCAUGUUCAACAGGUAGAUUGUGAUCUACUGGUAGAUCGUGGGGCGCUCCUCGUUGACCUCUU